GGGAGGGAGAAGAGAGGAAGGAAGGGAGAGAGGGAAGGUGUGUCAGGAGCGCUGCUUUACACCUCUGCCUGACUGCCCCAGCCGGUUGGGCCGGUUUUGCUCCGGCAGCAUGGGCACCUUCAUCGGCCACAUCUCUCCGGGCAUCGCCUUCUUGUCGUUCGGGCUGCUGUACGCGGUCCGGUUCUCGUCGCUGCUGGCCCGGGGGCAGCGGACACUGUGCCUGCCCGGUACGGCCCGCAGGCCGGGGGUGAGGGGCUGCGUGGGGCGAGUGCCGGCCGAGGGGGUGAUGAAGGUGGUGUACAGCACGGUGGCGGUGCUGGCCGAGUUCUUCUACCCGCCCGGGGUGGACAAGCUGCACAUGUACAACCCGGACAAGCCCGGCUACCCCUUCAUCCACCCCAACGAGUGGCAGCACGCCACCAUGUACGCCUACUUCGCGCUGAGCGGAUGGGUGGACAUCAUCAGCCAGGCUUGUCUACCCCGGCGCGUCCACCUGUGCGAGAGAGUGGCCAUCGCCCUGCCCUUCUACAUUGAAGCCUUGCUACUGUACCAUCACGCCCACGGCAAGCAGCAGGUGGAGAGCACCGUGCACUCGCUGCUCCUCCUCGCCUGUAUCCUGGUGUGUGUGGUCCUCACCGCCGAGCUGUGGAGACCCAACGAGCCGCUGCUGUGGUUCGCCAAGACGUGCCUGGUGAUGGUGAAGGGCAGCUGGCUCCUCCACGCCGCCUUCAUCCUCUACAGACCGUUCCUGGGGCAGCCGUGGGCGGACGGCGACAUGGCCAACCUGAUGUUCCUCACCAACUUCUUCUGCUGGCACCUGGCUCUCAACGCCUCCCUGCUGCUGGCCAUCUACUGGUUCACCGCCCUGUGGCUCAGCCGCUGCCGCCGCUGCCGCCGCAACCUCGCCGGGGCCAACUCUGCCUUCCACCACGCCAAGGAUGCCUUGGUCUUCAACCUGCCCACCACCGACGGCACAACCUCCCGAGUGGAGUACCACGCAGUGCGGGCAGCCGAGGAGGAAACACAUUUGCUGCAAGAAUGUGAACCCUGAAUAGGGGCCGAGAGACAGAGACAGAGGGGGCUUCAACUUCGGUGCUUGGUGGGUAGGGGCGAGUGACUCCCUCAAAUCUCACCUCCUCCUGCCCUCUCUAACCCCCCCUCCCUUCCUCCCUCCCCAUCCUCCAUUUCCAGCCAGUCUCCAGUUAUCUUGUGUACAGCCAACUGAACAAUGACAUUCUGACGCAGCAGCAGCAGACUUUCAUGUAGAUAAAUAUAGCAAUCAAUAAAUCAAUGAUCAAUAAUACUGGGUAACCAUUAUAGUGUGAGGCUGAAGUCGGUGUGGCAACCAAGGACACAGUCCGUAGACGAUCACAGUUGCUGAGGUUAGUGUUGUGAGGUGUAUAAGAGCCUGGUGGUUGUUGGGAAGAAGCUGUUCUUCAACCUGGAGGUCAGGGUUUUCAGGCUCCUGUACCUUCUUCCCCGAUGGUAGCAGCGAGAUGAGAGCGUGGCCAGGGUGGUGUGGGUCUCUGAUGAUGCUGGCUGCCUUUUUCAGGCAGCGCCUCCUGUAGAUCCCUGUGAUGUUGGGGAUGUUAGUACCCGUGAUGGAGCGGCCAGUGUCCACCACACUCUGUUGUCACCUUUGUAGCUGGGCGUUCGAGUUACUGAUCCAGGCCGUGAUGCAACUAUCGAGGAUGCUCUCUCCCCUACACCUGCAGCAGUUUGACAGCGUGCACUGCAACUUUUAUUCAUAUGUAUAAACCUGAGUUUGUGACUUAGUUUACACUGUUUUCUAAUUGAACGGCAGAUUGAUAAUACCUCCACAUGUUGGAAACAGAACAUCUGGAGCAGUUUCCCUUUUAUUACUUACACUAUAUAAAUAAAUCAACUAAUGUCAAACA